AUGGAUCGCCUUAUACAACCGAGACGGGUUCCCGUAGAGGUUCAAGAGCAGAUCAAGUCGGCCGUUCGUAACCUCCCAAAGCUAGGGAAACAUGACGUGGAGGAAGAUGAAAUAUGUGCAAUCUGUUUGACACCAUUUUCGGCUAUCCUCGCGGAAGCAGAUGCAGCGAAUGGAGUUGAGGCACCACCAAGUCAACCCGUACCAGGAAGUUACAUCGAGGACGAAGAGGGCGAGUGUUUGGAAGGGAUCACGAAGGUAGAUGUCUGCGGACAUAGAUUUUGUCGGCGAGACUUGUCAGAGUGGAUCAAGGGUUUUCAUGGGAGCUGUCCUACGUGUCGACAGCCCUUCUUGGACAUCCGUUUCCCCUCCGAGACAGACGACGAGUCGUCAGACGGUGGUGAAUAUGUCCCCACGGAGGACUUUGAAGAUGAAGACGACACCUUCGAGUUCACCGACGGUUUCAGUGAAGUCGACACUCCUGAUGUCGAUAUAGUUUUGGAGGAUUAUCUCCAACACCAGACAACUGGCGCCGAUGAUGACGCUGUCUCAAUAUCUAACCUCACGGAACAAGGAACAGAGUUAGGUUCGGAUGCCUGGGUACCUGGACAAGACGAGGUUUCCGAAACUUCGCCCGAAGAAGACGAUGACUUCCCGGGCUAUGAGGGAGACUUGGGCUCGCAAGCGUCCGAACCCGACUUCACCGAGGUCGACCUUUAUCCCCCGACGCUGUACACAAUGCCGCUAGAUAGCGAUGACGAGCUGGAUGGCGAUUAUGUCCCAAUGGACGAAGACUCGGAUUCCGAUAUUUCAGAACCGAGUUUCUACUUUACCGACCGGGAAUCUGAAGGCAUGUCUUCAGAGCCAGAUGACCUAAGUAUUGAGGAGAUAUACUCCGGAGUGCGAUUUGAAGAGACCGACGGCCAUGUCUCUGUACAUGAUAUGGAGGACGACAUGGAUCUCCCAGACCACGAGAAGAGGCUGAGUCCUGCAGACAGUUCUGCGGGAAUGCCAUCUUCAAGUAGGAAAUAA